AUGGCUUUGGAGUACGACGCUGCCACGGGGCGGUGGGUGCGACCGGGGCAACAAGCUGAGGCCCCGGGGCCGGUGGUGGAGCCUGAGGUAUUGCCGCCAGCUUGUGAGGGAGCGCCUCCGCGAGUGGCUGAGUUGUCUGCAGCGGCUGUGACGAAGCUGUCGAGUCGCUAUGUGGCUUUCGGAACCCGCCGCGAGAGUUCGCUUCCACCGCCUGCUUCUGCCCGCACGAGACUCCCGCCGGCCGCCGAUACAGUCCAAGGCUUUGUGCCGCCAGCGGGACUCGAACCACCGCCUGCCGGGUUUGGAGCGCCUCGCUUCGCCGAACCACCCAACUCAGACAUCCCGCCUCCACAACGAGACCACUACCACACCGAAGACGAAGUCUCGCACCCCGGCUCCUUCGCCCCACCCCCUGCCGUCAGCGAACACGGCCUGCCGCCCCUCGACACCCUCCCCGGCAACCACUAUGACCAAACCCGACCUGGAGCCAACUGCUCCGGACCUACGGAUUACCCGCCGCCCGGAGGCGACUACCCCCUUCCCGGGAGCGACCUCCCCC